AGUAUUGUUGCGGAAGUAUCGCGAAACGCUGUUGGGGUCUGCAUUCAUUUCUGCAACUAUUUCUCAUCGGUUUAUCGUUUUGGUGAAGACCCAGAGUCAUGGCUGCUCUAAAGUACGCUGGUAUGGACGAUACAGACAGCGACGACGAGCUGCCUCCCGGAUGGGAAGAGAGAUCUACGAAAGACGGAUGGGUUUACUAUGCAAAUCACGAGGAGAUGAAGACACAGUGGGAACACCCCAAGACGGGAAAGAAAAAGCGCUGUGCUGGAGAUUUACCAUACGGGUGGGAACAGGAGACCGAUGAAAAGGGACAGACCGUUUACGUUGAUCACAUCAACAAAAGGAGGACGUAUUUUGACCCGCGCCAGGCCUUCACAGUGGAGGAUGUAGUUGUGAAGCCAAAGCGUUAUGAUGGAAACACUGCGGCUUUAGAGAUCCUGCAGGGUCGUGACCUGUCCGACAAGGUUGUUGUGAUCACUGGAGGAAACUCCGGAAUCGGCUUUGAGACAGCCAGGUCCUUUGCUCUACAUGGCGCCCGUGUGAUCCUGGCGUGCCGGAACCUGACCCGGGCCAGCAAAGCCAUCAGCCUCAUACAACAGGAGUGGCAUAAAGCCAGAGUGGAGGCCAUGAUGUGCAACCUGGCUUCCCUCCGCAGUGUCAGAGAGUUUGCUGAGUCUUUCAAGGCCAAGAAUUUGCCCCUGCACAUUCUUGUGUGUAAUGCAGCAGUCUGCACUCAGCCAUGGACCCUAACAGAAGACGGCCUGGAGUCCACUUUUCAGAUCUGCCAUCUGGGUCACUUCCUCCUGGUGCAGUGCUUGCAGGAGGUCCUUCGUCGCUCCGCCCCGGCCCGGGUGGUGGUGGUUUCUUCAGAGUCUCACAGGUUCACAGACCUCUUAGACUCAAGUGGCAAGGUGGACUUGGCCCUGCUGUCCCCCCCCAGGAAAGAAUACUGGUCCAUGCUGGCUUACAACCGUGCCAAACUCUGCAACAUCCUCUUCAGCAACGAGCUCCACCGACGCCUUUCGCCACGGGGUGUGACCUCCAAUGCAGUGCAUCCUGGGAACAUGAUGUACACCUCCAUUCACAGGAGCUGGUGGCUCAUGACCUUCCUCUUCACGCUGGCCAGACCAUUCACCAAAUCUAUGCAACAAGGUGCGGCCACCACGGUGUACUGCGCAGUGGCUCAGGAGCUGGAGGGGUUAGGCGGCAUGUACUUCAACAACUGCUUCCGCUGCCAGCCCUCCAACCAGGCCCAGGAUCCGAGCAGCGCCGCCAGCCUGUGGGAGCUCAGCGAGCGCCUGGUGGCGGAGAGGUCAGCGGGGAUACAAGCCCUCUAAACUGGCAGACGAGAAAGAGGAAGGAGAGGAGGACGGGUGCAGGCCAAAACAGGAAUCAAAGAGGAAGUAGUUGACUUGAGAUGAAGUUAAUCAAAGACUCUGACUGGACUGUACAAAAGCUGCCAAACGACAAAAGUCCAUCCAGAUGUGUCACAUCAUCACGGGGCUAAAACACACUUCAGAAAGUACAGGAGUGGGUUUUUAUUUCCAAAAGAAUAAAAGUUUUGUGGUAUUUUACAAUGGAAAGUGGGGACGUGUUCAGCUUUAUUUUUUGUUUCGAUAAUGAUAGAGGGUUUCCUAGAGAGCAUAGAAUUGAUCAGAUUUAGACAUAGGUGCACUAUAAUUAGUUUUCCCUGUAAAUUUCUGGGUAAUAAGUGUUCACCUCCUUAUUGUUGUCAAGAUUUUCCUUUGGGGUUAGUGAGAGAGAAGGGUGGUUAAUCACUUUGCUAAAACCUUUGGGGCAAGAAGAAAAAAAUGAAUGGGUGGGCAUGUGACACCUGUGGAUAUAUAAACACACUAGAAGUAUGAUUCUUAUGAAUAUCUACAUUAUUUUGCAAUAAUUCAUUUUCUCGGUUUUUUGUACAAGAUUUACAAAUUCCUGAUUUCGAGGGGUGUGCUGAAGGGACAUCAUAAAUUUUCCUUUCGCUUUUUGCAAAGUAAAGGUUUGAUGAUCUGCACUUUGUCAAGUCUCAGAAGUAUUUAUGCAAUGGUGUUUGUCCAUUUGUAUAGAGAUGGUUGCAAGUCUUAUUUACAGUCCAGGUUCUUCAAAUUCUCUCUGUCUGUUGUUUCACCAGGGUGGUACAUUUUUGUUUUUUUAUGUCCUUUUUUCUUCCUUUUUUGUUUUUCCUUUUUUAUGAUGACGAUCAGCUCUUGGCUCGGAAUUCAGGUUUGUCAGAGGUUGGAUGUCCAGAAAACCCCAGCGAGGAUGGGCUGCGUUUGAGACGUUGUGCUUUUUGGCAGUCUGGGUGUCGCAGGUUGUUCAAGAAUCCUCAUUCCAGCUUCAUGAUCUGUAAAUAGGAGCAGAGAAAAAAGGAACAUUGAAUAAAUCUCUAGUGUACAAACAUUAGUGAAAUCUUUGUUUACUCAUUUGCAGGCGUAUUGAAGGGGAUGCUGGUGUAAGAAGCAGACAAAGACAGUUUUUUUUAAACGUGUAACAACCAAAAAAUAUAAAAUGGUUUA